ACAAUGAGAUUAAGAAUUUAUACAAGCAAAAGUCCGGCAAUACUAUUAAACUCCUCAAAGGGAAAUUUGAGUUUAAGUGAACAUAACCUCAGUGAUUUGGCGCAUUCUGACGACAAACAGUUAAGAUUUUCAAGUCUGUAGAAUUUUAAUAUAUAUUUUUUUUAAGAAAACCCAGUGUAAAGCUAAGAAUGGACCGUUUUCGUAGUUUAUAUAAAGAAAAUUCCCAUACAUUGAGUCCGGUCCAGCAUAAUCUUAAAAAUCGCAAUAUUCAAAAUGCAAAUCGCGCCAAAAAACGAAGGGAAGUCUUUGAAAGCGGUCGUAAUCUCGAUGUCAGCCCAACUCCUACAAAACCACACAAUUUUGAGGAGCAAAAUUUAGCGGAAGUGCUUGUAGAUAAAGAAAAUAAAGGCGAUGCUUUAGAAAAUGUGGCCGAAUGCAAUAAAUCCAGAAUUGCAUUAGUGGCAUCGGGCAAGACGAGCUCUAAAAAGUCAACACGACAAGAAUCAUAUCUAUUGAAAUUCAUCGAAUGGAGGGAGGCUCAUAAACAAAAAGAGAAGAAAAGAAAUGAAAUUAAAAGGCGACCAUUUAUCUCCAGCGGUGGGGCAUGUGGUAGUGCAUUCGAGAGUAGUGCAAGAUUUUCAACAGUAACUAACAAAGGCAAAAGCAAAGAAGUUGCGACAUUUGUGCCGAAAGGCCAUCAACGCUUUAAGCCGCCAGCUGGAAUAACUAAUCCCCUAUCUGAAAUGACUUCCGCGGCGAAAGACCUACUAGCUCAUGAUAGAAAAUCGUUUUACACCGUGGUACCAACACCGCCAAGGUCAAAAGAGGAUAAUGCAAUAGGGGUCGAGACAAAAAAACUAUCGACCCUUAGUAAAACCCCGGCCAUCUCUAAUUUAGCACGUUGCAAGUCGGCAAUAACGCCAGCAACCACUUCGUUGAAAUCGACCAAAAACCCUACAGGCACAAAGCCAGCUGGUACAAAAGCUAUUAAGGCAACAUCGGUUUUAAGUACAGAAAGUAAACCGACGGCGGUAGUUCCGCCUACUAAAAAACACUUAACUGCAACCACCGGAGCAUCACAAAAAAUACCAUCAAAUUUAGAUACAAAGUCAAGCUCAAAUGAACCUGUCAAACCUGAAAAAAAGACUCUUUGUUCGACCAACAAAACAGCAACAUCUGUAGCUAAUGUGGCGUCAAACAUAUCAAAUUUUAAUACUAAGUCAAAAUCAAAUGAACCUCCAAAAAAGACACCUUGCAACUUAAAUAAAAAUCGCGAAAGCCCAAAAAAAAAAGUUCCGUUGUUCGUGCGACCUCAGCCGCCGAAAAUGACAACAACAGCAACGCGAAAACCGAUAUCACAAUCCAGAGGCAUUGCAACAAUAAAUACCGUAAACAAGCCGAAGCAAGCAGCAACGGGUGCAAGUGCAGGAGCCGUAGGAAAGGCACAUAUGCUGCAAAGUAAGCGUGCUGCAGCUAAUGCGAGCGAGCGUAAUAAAAAAUUUGCAACUACUUUUAAAUAUAAAAAGACUCAGGUUCCUACGUUAAACCGACCCAAUGCGCCCAGCAAUAUUACCAUAAAAGGAAAGACAUUACUUGGCGGUGUCCGCACUUGUACUGCUGACGUGGCAUUUGCGAUUGCUGAAACACCAACGGAUUUAUUAAAUAUUAACACAUUUGAGCCAUUUUUAACGUCCACGCGGGUCAAAUCCCUUUCACCUCACAGUGCCAAUGCACCUAAUAUAAGUCCCGUUAAUUCCGAAGCGGUCAAUGAUAAAAAAGUUGCGGGGUCUCACCAAAAUAUGCGAACACAUAGCUCAACAUCAGCGAAGCGCGCGCUUUUAACAAGUGAUACUAAACAAAAUCCACCAAUUAAAAUUCAAAGGCAAAAGAGUAAGUUUAACUUUGUACGUUACUCGAUUGGGUCGUCUGAAUCGGAUAUGAGCCCAGAGCCUGAGCAAAAUGGCUUUGAUGCACCUAAUAUAAGUCCCGUUAAUUCCGAAGCGGUCAAUGAUAAAAAAGUUGCGGGGUCUCACCAAAAUAUGCGAACACAUAGCUCAACAUCAGCGAAGCGCGCGCUUUUAACAAGUGAUACUAAACAAAAUCCACCAAUUAAAAUUCAAAGGCAAAAGAGUAAGUUUAACUUUGUACGUUACUCGAUUGGGUCGUCUGAAUCGGAUAUGAGCCCAGAGCCUGAGCAAAAUGGCUUUGAUGCACCUAAUAUAAGUCCCGUUAAUUCCGAAGCGGUCAAUGAUAAAAAAGUUGCGGGGUCUCACCAAAAUAUGCGAACACAUAGCUCAACAUCAGCGAAGCGCGCGCUUUUAACAAGCGAUACUAAACAAAAUCCACCAAUUAAAAUUCAAAGGCAAAAGAGUAAGUUUAACUUUGUACGUUACUCGAUUGGGUUGUCUGAAUUGGAUGUGAGCCGAGAGCCUGAGCAAAAUGGCUUUGAUAUGAAUAAUUCUAAAAGUGCAUCGGAGGUUGGAAAAUCUGUUAACGGAACUGAACAAAUAACUGUAUUAGAAGUCCAACCGAAAAACACGAAUGCUACACAGUGUAAUGCUGAAGGCAAUAAUAUGUCACCCGAAAAUAAAAUUAAAAACAACUUAGAUCAAUUAAAAACUCCUCCUUCGACUGAAAAUGAACGUCCGGUCAAUUACAUUGGUUCGUUUGUGUCAGUUUCACGAGGCAAAGUGAGCGCACGUAAAGAGCGGGAAAAACGGGAUAGCAUUUACCUUCCCGGCGCAAAUGAUAGUCUAACAAUCACAGCAGCAGGAACACCCGUUAAAAAGGCAAAAACCCCAUGCAAAAGUGCAGUUACUACGCCUGUCAAUAUUGAGGCUCGCCGAAUUCUUGAGGCAGUGCGUUAUUUCCGACAGCAACUUAGCAACGAAAUCGAUCGCUUGCAUGUAUUAUGCGACCAGUGGGAAGAGUACAAACAACAAAAUUUGCCCCUACUUCAAAAAUCCGCCGGGGAAGAUAUGAUCAACGUGACCAUAGGUCAAACAAAACUGCUAACGAGUAAAAAGUUUCAACAGUUUAAGGGUCUAAUAGAUCGUUGCGAAAAUGGAGCUAGAGGUACGGCAGCCGUCUACGACGGUAGUGAGGAUACGAAGCCAAUUACAGACGUUGAUUUAGAAGGCUUUUGGUCCAUGCUUAAUCUACAGGUGGAUAAUGUUGAGAAAAGAUUUGAAAAUUUAACGCGCUGGAAAGCCAAUAAUUGGUCGGAUCCCGAUGAGAUUCAGGAAACGAAACAACUCAAGCUAAAAUGCAAACCAAAUCUAACUAAAGUUAAAAAGGCAAAACCACCUGCAAAAACGGCAAAACCAAGCAGUGGUUUGCAAGCAAUGUUGCGAAAAAUGCACGCUGAAAUGCGAAAAAAUAAGGAAACUGCUUUUGGUGCUGGCGUUGCAGAUGAAAAUGUGCUGGUGUCGACACCAACUCGCCAACGGCGUUCACACAGUGGCACUCCAAAAAUUGCGGGCACUGAGCAGCGCAACAGUACGCCACGUCGUAUCUCGGUUGUGGUACGUGAUCGCAAAUCUCUCUCGGCUGCUGCAACGGUUAUCAGUUUGCCGGCUGAUAGCUCAGUAGGAUCCGUGGUAGCGGGAAAUAGACGUCACUCACGUUUCAGUGGCGAGUCACCAAAAUCCCUUAAGGCAUCUAGCAGUGAAUUGCGUCGAAGUCUCAGCAACAUGGAGAAUGCAUUUGGCGGCUGUAGUGAUUUGCUACGUAGCACACUUGCUGCAAACGCACAAAAAUUACGACGUCGUAGUGGCACACCGAAUUUCGUCGAAUCUGCCAUCGAAUUGGAUGUUAAGCAACCACAAGUUUCGGAAAAAGUGCGCACUCCUUCACCAAUACUAGCAUCUGCACCAGCUGCGAACAUGGCACGUAAGUCCAUAUUGAAGACUCCUGGUACUGCGAAGGGCAAACCGAAGAAUGUGAUUUUUAACGAAAAGCUGCGUGUUAAGAAAUUCAAAUUUACCAUAGAGGAUGAUGAAUUGAGCGAUGAUGAGGAGCAGCAAAUGCAAACGAGUACGGAAGAGCCCCUCUCAACUCCGCGCGCUUAUUCCUUACGCACGCGCAAAGUAGUUCUUCGACCAUCAAGCGAAUUCGUAAUACCAUUUAAGCAGAUUUAAUAAGUAGCUAUUUUAUUAAUUGCGAUUUUUUGUAAUGCAUUAUUUGUCAAUUGUUUACAUAAUUGUAAUUUCCUAAAUCUUGUUUUGUGUCUUAUCAAUAAAAGUUUAAAAUUAAUCAAGCACUUUUGUUUUGUACAUAUGUAAGUACAUUACAGGAAAAGCUUAGUGCCUGGAUAAAAGAUUGCCACGUUUUCUUCAUAGUCACGGAUAAUGUUACUAGUUCCGAAACUCUUAAAUUAUUUUAUUUUUAUUGUUUAUUGUUUAUUUUUUAGUUUAUGGACGAGUGUCUUUAAGCUUUCAAAGAUCUUGAUUGAUAUAGUAUGACUGCAUUAUUAACUUAAUUUGUACAACGGAUGCCAUC